AGCAGAGGGAGCUCCCAGGCUCCAGCGCUCAGCUCCUCUUCGCCUCGGUCCUACAACUCCCAGCGUGCAGUGCGCCGGCCGUUCCGCAGCGGCACGUCCAGGCGGCUGUGGGGGCGGGGCAAUCCGGCGCGUUGCGUACUGGGAGGUGUAGUCUGGCGGAGGCGCGCCAAUAGCAGGGUUCUGUGGUUGCCUCCUUCCUCUCGGGACUGGCGCCGCCAUAUUGCGGCGGAGGAGAGAGGCACCGUGCGCUGCGCUCCCAGGGUCUGGCUGGACCCAGCGGCCCCCACGGUUUCACCUUUAAACUAAAAUGAGUGGCUGUCGUGUCUUCGUUGGACGUUUGAGCCCACAUGCCCGGGAGCGGGAUGUGGAGAAAUUCUUCAAAGGAUAUGGACAUAUACGUGAAAUCAAUCUGAAAAAUGGUUUUGGGUUUGUGGAGUUUGAAGACCAUAGAGAUGCUGAUGAUGCAGUUUAUGAACUGAAUGGUAAAGAACUGUGCAAUGAAAGGGUUACAAUUGAACAUGCCAGGGCACGAAGAGGGGGAGGCAGAGGCAGAUUUCCACAGCGGUUCAAUUAUUACCAGUCACGUAGCAGUGGACCUAGCUGGUAUGGACCUCCUGUUCGUACUGAACACAGAAUUAUAGUUGAAAACCUUUCUUCACGGAUCAGCUGGCAGGACUUGAAAGAUGUCAUGAGAAAGGCAGGAGAGGUGACUUAUGUGGAUGCGCACAGAAACAACAGGAAUGAAGGUGUUGUGGAGUUUGCAUCAUAUGAUGAUAUGAAGAGUGCAUUGGACAAGUUGGAUGGCACUGAGCUCAAUGGGCGCAAAAUUAAAUUAAUUGAAGAUCGCAAAUCACACAGCAGGUCUCGUUCAAGAAGUUACUCAAGAUCUCGCAGCAAGUCCAAGUCUGCAAGAUCUUCCAGGUCAACCAGUAGGUCUCGCUCUCGCAGUCGUACGCCUGACAAAAAAUACUCUCAGAAGAGCCACCACUCUAGCGUGCAGCCUUCUUCUCCAUCUCCCCGUUCCUCCAAGAAAAAAUCUCGUUCUCGGUCGAGCUCUGCUGAGAGCCGUAGUUAGUGUAUUCCAAAAGAUGUGCCAGUGUGUUUAAUUUCUGAGUCAUAUUUCCCUAAAAGCUUGAGACAAAUUACAAACAAGGGGGGUGGGGGGGAAGAGUUAACAUGAUGAGGGGCUAACCACCUUUUUCAUUACCAAAAUGCAUGUCAUCAAAUAGGCUGCAGCACAUAUAACAGGCCUUCUCUGUCUCUGUGAGGAGUGAAGUUGUGGGAGGGGAGGUGGGGGCGGGGUUGCCAAUUGACAAAACAAAAUAUUGUAUUAUUAGUAAACAAUAUUUCUCACCUAGUUGCACCACGUACACAUAAUGUUAGGUUUCAGGUUGAGGCCAUACAUUGCAUUUUUUUCAGAACAGCAUAUUUGUAUUAGCUUUUGUUGAUACUGAAUCUAUAGAACCUGAAGUGUAGAUUUUAUUCAUUAGUCAGACUCCUAUGGCUGUAUUUUUUUUUGUAAGUAGAUAACUGAAUUCUUUUAGUGGCUUAAUAUUUGGUUCACCCCCAUUGCUGGGCUGAACUGGCUAUUAAAUUCCAGCUUUAAGAGGUCUCAGAUAACAUUUGCAGUAUAUAGGUGUUCUUUACUACUUGUCAGCACACUACUGGCUGUUUAGGUAGUUAGUGAAUCAAUAUGUUAACCCCUUGGUGAAGGAGUAAGGAUUUCCUGUUACAGUGGGACAUACCAUGACCAGAUGACAAAGGAUUAUCAGGAUUUUCUUUCCAGUUAGUGAGAUUUCCAAUAUGAUGGUGUAGGAAAGAGUGAGGAGGCCCUCAUUUGACAGAUGAAUCCAUUAGAGAAAUUGCAUCAGAUACACAAGUCUCUCUAUGUAUUUCCUGGUUUUUAAUAUGUUUAUAAAGGCAGCAUAGCUUUCAUAUCCACAACAAGAAUAUGAUGCUAAAUACCAUGAACAGGUGUGACUAGUGAUCAUCAAAAUGGCUGAUGAAGGGGAAGUUUAUUUUAGAACAUGACAGCAGCAAAAAUUCCCAGUAAAAGUUUAGUUAAGGUUAUGACAGGAAAAUUUGGUAAUGUCUGAGAGUAAAGAGAGGAUAUCUUCUUUAAAUUUACUGAAUGUGCAAUAGUUUUGAUUAAUAGGUAUUUCUACUGCAGAUAGUAUUGUAGGUUCUUUUAGUUUAUUGUGAUUAGUAUUUUUCUGGCUUUUGAAUAGUUAAAAGAAGGGGAAUCUUGUUGGAAAAAGUUUGUAAAUCAAACCCCAAGGCAUACUUAUGUUAAAUGUACCAGUCUUAGUACAAUAAACAAGUGUCUUUACCUGCUUA